AUGGAGCGAUUGUAUUUAAAAUUGGCCGUUCGAUAUUUGAGAUCUUGUCGCUUACUUUCUUCGGCUGCAGCUACGACCAGUAUUGAUUCUGUUAAUCCAAAAGUUGUGCCUCCUGAAGCAGCGAUCGAUCCAAAACCAUUUUCUUCUAUUCCCGGCCCUGGGAGAAUUUCUAUGAUUGGAGCAUUGCGGAAAUUACGAUCGAGUACGAAGACUUUCGAUGAAGCGGAAAUCCGAGGCUACUUCGACGCUUUGGCUGAUUUACAAAAAAUUUACGGAGACUUGGUGAAAGUGGAACAAGGAUGGGGACGUGGAUCGGUGGUACAUGUUUUUGAUCCAGAAGAUUCGAAAACGGUUUUCAACGCGGAUGGCCGACAGCCACACAUUGUUCCGCUACAAGAAACCACUCAAAAGUAUCGAGAGAUGAAAAAAAUGAAUCCGGGAUUGGGAAAUUUAAAUGGUGAAGAGUGGUAUCGUUUGAGAAGCGCCGUCCAGCAGGCGAUGAUGCGACCGCAAGCCGUCCUUCAGUAUUUACCCUUUGUCAAUCAAGUUGCUGAUGAUUUGGUAAAACACAUCAAAGAAAGCUUGGAUCCGAAGGAAGAGGCUGAUAUGAGGAGAAUUGCUGGAAGAUGGGCCCUCGAAGCAGCCGGUUUAACCGUUUUCGAGAAAAGACUUGGCUCAUUUGGGGAAAAUGUGAAGUGGGCUGAUAACUUGGUCGAUAUAAACAGAGAAAUCUUUCGUUUGUCGGCGAAACUGAAAUUCGUGGCCCCAUUCUACAAAGUGGUGAGCACGCCGAAAUGGAGGAAAAUGGUCGGAUUGGAGGAUGCGUUUUACAAGGAAGCUACUAAAUUGAUCAACGAGGCAAUCGAAAAACUAGGAAACGAGACGGGAAACGAAGAAGAAAUGUUCUUUGCGAGUCAUCUUGUCAAUAAGAAAGAACUCACGAAAAAAGAUAUUUCGGUGAUCAUGUUGAGCUUGUUCUCCGAUGGAUUGAGCACGACAGCUCCCAUGCUUAUCUAUAAUCUGUACAAUUUGGCGGCGAACAAGGAAAUACAGCAACAAGUUCGAGAUGAGGUGAACAAAGUGGCGAAACCGUGGGAACCAUUUACACCGGAAAAGCUCACAAAGUUGCCGUUUUUGAAGGCUUGCAUCAAGGAGACUUUCCGAUUGUUUCCGAUUGGAACAGAGAUUUCGCGAAUUUCCCAAGUCGACCUCGUGCUCAGUGGAUAUAAGGUACCAGCCGGGACUCCGAUUGAUAUUAAUACGAAUGUAUUGAUGAGAUCAACUCGCUUCUUCACCGAUCCAAACGAGUUCCGCCCGCAGCGUUGGCUAAGGUCCGAGGGAAAACCAUCCCAAGCACAUCCAUUUGCAUUUUUACCGUUUGGCUUUGGUCCGAGAAUGUGUGCAGGGCGCCGUUUUGCCGAACAAGAUCUGCAAGUAGUGCUGGCACGACUUGUCUCCGCUUUUGCCAUUCAACACCGAUAUUCACCACUCACGCAGGUCUACGAGACUCUCCUCCUGCCCGAUGGCAAUUGCCACUUUACUUUCACUCCAAUCUAC